CCCGCGAUCCCGCGGCUGUGUUGUCGCGAGAAGUGGCGGCUGAGGGCGUCUGCGCCAACAAACCGAAGUGUAAGUGACGGUUCCGCGAUUUCGCCGCCAAGCUGGGCACCGGGGAGAUGGCCGAGACGGACCCCAAGACCAUGCAGGACAUCACCUUGGUGGUGGAGACGCUCUUGCAGCAGAUGCAAGACAAGUUUCAGACCAUGUCGGACCAGAUCAUUGGGAGAAUUGAUGACAUGAGUAGUCGCAUUGACGAUCUGGAGAAAAACAUCGCCGACCUCAUGACCCAAGCUGGGGUUGAAGAACUGGAAGGUGAUAACAAGAUUGCCGCUACCCAGAAGAGUUGAAGGUUGCUGAUGAUUUACACUGAAGCCCAGAACAUUCUCCCAAGCCAAGAGAAAACAAGUGGCUUUCUGCAACUAACUACUGUGUGUGGACAGGUCUUAUGAAGUGUGCAUCUUCUCACAGCCUGGAUCGUUAGUGUACAGAGUGAUUAUUCCCCACACUAGUUUCUCAAACUUGGUGUCUUCACAGCUUGGUCACUUGUCUUAAUUAUUAAACACUAAACCUUUGGCGGUUCCUUCAUAAAAUUGUCAAACUUUUUGGUGCACUCUUGUGACGUCUUUUUUCCCUGCUGUUCUUUUGUAGGAGUCGCUGUUUGAUAAAAGUGGCUGUGUAACUUUUUAUUAGAUGAGUAGUAGGUAGUAGCCCCCUCCCUGUAGACACAGUGACGUGAGACGUGUUUAGAGUUAGGGAUCUCACGGUCAGCACGAAGGACUGUUGAGCCGGCAUAGAGCCGGAAACGCUUUCCUAAUGGCAGAGAGCAUGUAUUGGUCGUUUCCACAGAGAUAGCUAUCGCUUGUUGCCAAAAGUCAGAAUCAACCACACCUGGUGCCUCGGCCUGAGGAGCUGCUGCGGUCAGUGAGAGGGGCCUGGCGCUCCAGGGUCUUGGUGCGUCAAGUUUUGUUAGCCAUUUAGACUCAAGGCAACUUCAGGAGGGCUUACAGUGCUCAGCCUCAGUAGUUACCUGACAGAGUCUGGCAGGAGUUUAAAACCCAGCAAUCCCAUCCUCUGAGCUACUGGCCAGAUGGGUCCGGCCAAUCAUGGCUGAAAAAUGACCAGUGACUGGUGGGAGGCCCUGGUUUUUAAGAAGUACUGUUUUAUUUGAACUUUUUCUUGCCUAAAUUCUUGCAGAGUAACAAUUUUAUUACUGAUUAUAGAAGACACAUAAACUCUUGCCGUUCACAAUUCAGCAUCUAGAGUGCUAACCCUCGAGUCUGCGUUUGAUGACCUGGAACUCAGUCCAUCUCAAGUCUGCAUUUGAGGACCUGGAACUCAGUCCAUGUCACUGUCCCCACCAAGUGAUUUCAUACAAUAAAAACGUGAAUGAUUGGAAACAUUGA